CGCCAGCAGGGGCGGGGACACGCAGCGCGCAGGGCCGGAGGCGGAGCGGCGGCGGAGCGGGGCCAGGCUGCAGGGUAGCAGCCCGCGGCGGGCUCCAGGUGACCGAAGCGCCGCGCCGUGGUGACCCGGCCGCCCGCCGCUGAGCCAUGGAAAUCGGCACUGAGAUCAGCCGCAAGAUCCGGAGUGCCAUUAAGGGGAAAUUGCAAGAAUUAGGAGCUUAUGUGGAUGAAGAACUUCCUGAUUACAUUAUGGUGAUGGUGGCCAACAAGAAAAGUCAGGACCAAAUGACAGAGGACCUGUCCCUGUUUCUAGGGAACAACACAGUUCGAUUCACCGUAUGGCUCCAUGGUGUGUUAGAUAAGCUUCGCUCUGUUACAGCUGAGCCCUCUAGUCUAAAGUCUCCUGACACCAGCAUCUUUGAUAGUAACGUGCCUUCAAACAAGAGCAGUUUCAGUCGGGGAGAUGAGAGAAGGCACGAAGCUGCUGUUCCUCCCCUGGCCGUUUCUAGCUCUAGACCGGAAAAAAGGGAUUCCAGAGUUUCUACAAGUUCACAGGAGCAGAAAUCCGCUAAUGUCAGACACUCAUAUGAUGAUGGAGCUUCCACCCGGCUAAUGUCAACCGUGAAACCUCUGAGGGAGCCAGCACCCUCUGAAGAUGUAAUUGACAUCAAGCCAGAGCCAGAUGAUCUCAUUGACGAAGAUCUCAAUUUUGUUCAGGAGAACCCCUUAUCUCAGAAAAAACCUACAGUGACACUUACAUACGGUUCUUCUCGGCCUUCUAUUGAAAUUUAUCGACCACCUGCCAGUAGAAAUGCAGACACCGGCACUCAUUUAAACAAGCUGCAGCUUCAUCAGCAGCAAAGCAGUGCUCCCACUGCCAAGCAGCUGGAUGUCCAGAGCAGCCAGGUGUAUGAAGCAGGACAUCUGUGCGAACCACAAGUGCUUAGCAGUGCAGAAGACACCUACAGCCCCUUCUUCAGAAGCAACUUGGAUAAAAUGAGUAUUGAGGACGAAAACUUUCGGAAGAGAAAGUUGCCUGUGGUAAGUUCAGUUGUUAAAGUAAAACGAUUUAGCCAUGAUGGAGAAGAGGAAGAAGAAGAUGAGGAUUAUGGCUCCCGGAUAGGAAGCUUGUCCAGCAGCGUGUCAGUACCAGCAAAGCCAGAGAGGAGACCUUCUCUUCCACCUUCUAAACAAGCUAACAAGAAUCUAAUUUUGAAGGCUAUCUCUGAAGCUCAAGAGUCUGUAACAAAAACAACUAACUAUUCUGCAGUUCCACAGAAACAGACACUUCCAGUUGCUCCUAGAACUCGAACUUCUCAAGAAGAAUUGCUAGCAGAAAUGGUCCAGGGGCAAAGCAGGGCCCCCAGAAUAAGUCCCCCUACUAAAGAAGAUGAAGCAAAAGGAGAUGCUACAGAAAAAAUUCAAGGAACGCAACAGAGGCAAUUGUUAUCACGACUGCAAAUUGAUCCAGUCAUGGUAGAAACAAUGGAAAUGAGCCAAGAUUACUAUGACAUGGAAUCCAUGGUCCAUGCAGACACAAGAUCAUUUAUUCUGAAGAAGCCAAAGCUGUCUGAGGAAAUAGUAGUGACACCAAACCAGGAGUCGGGGAUGAAGACUGCAGAUGCCCUGCGGGUACUUUCAGGACACCUUAUGCAGACACGAGAUCUUGUACAACCAGAUAAACCUGCAAGUCCCAAGUUUAUAGUGACGCUGGAUGGUGUCCCCAGCCCCCCAGGAUACAUGUCAGAUCAAGAGGAGGAGAUGUGCUUUGAAGGAAUGAAACCCGUAAACCAAACUGCAGCCUCAAACAAGGGACUCAGAGGUCUCCUCCACCCACAGCAGUUGCAUUUGAUGAGCAGGCAGCUUGAGGACCCAGAUGGUAGCUUUUCCAACGCUGAGAUGACUGACUUGAGUGUGGCACAGAAACCAGAAAAACUUUUGGAACGCUGCAAGUACUGGCCUGCUUGUAAAAAUGGGGAUGAGUGUGUAUACCAUCAUCCAAUUUCACCUUGCAAAGCUUUUCCCAAUUGUAAAUUUGCUGAAAAAUGUUUGUUUGUGCAUCCAAAUUGUAAAUAUGAUGCAAAAUGUACAAAACCAGAUUGUCCCUUCACUCACAUGAGUAGAAGAAUCCCAGUACUGACUCCAAAACCAGUCUCAUCACCAGUGCCAUCCUCUAGUGGCCAGCUCUGCCGUUACUUCCCUGCUUGUAAGAAAAUGGAAUGUCCCUUCUACCACCCAAAACAUUGUAGGUUUAAUACUCAGUGUACAAGACCAGACUGCACAUUUUAUCACCCCACCAUCACUGUACCACCAAGACAUGCCUUGAAAUGGAUUCGACCUCAGACCAGUGAAUGAUGCCCUAAUCCUACCUGGCAGAAGAUCAUGCAGUUUGAAAGCUUCCAUCUUCUGAUGAGAGAUGUUCUACAAAGCUUGUCACGUCUUUGAAAUUUAGAAUAUAUUGCUUUCAUAAUAUGAAUUUUAUUGCCUACCCGAAGUGUCUAAUUUUUCAAGUUUGUAUGGUUAUUAAGUGGUUUCAACAUUUUUUGUUUGUUCAUUUUGACUAUGAAAAAGACAGUUUAAAGAAAAGCCAAAUUCUAUUAAAACAUUUGCGGCAUGUUUGUA